AUGCCACCGCGUCCCCGCUCCACUUCUUCUCCUCCCACCGCUGCUGCCACCCUUCUGCUCAUAGCCUCUGCGCUCCUCGUCCAACUUGAUCUCAUCCACGCCCUGCCCGCCCCGCGCCUCUCACCAACCACACUAACAACACCAACACCAACCCCAACCCCAACACCACCCUUCCCACCCACCUACGCCGACCAUGUCCUCCUCCACCACCACGACCAAGGCCGCCGCCGCCCAAAACAAGUCGCCCUUCCGUUCGGGCAUCCUGGUCCCGCUGGCCCUUCUCGGCUUCUUCCUGACGCUGCUGAUGUCGCCGCUGCUGCUGGCCAUGCACGAGCAGCCGGUGCAGCCCAAGGCCCAGCCCGAGGUCCAGCCCGUCGCGUAAAAGACGCGACGCCGCCGCCGCGCCGGACGCGCCCCGUCACGCUGCCCGUCGUGCCUGCCGCCGCCGCCGCCGCCUCCGUCGCCUCCGUCGCCUCCGCCACCAUCACGUCCGUUGUUGAAGAAAUCACCAGAAAGGAAAGGGAAGGAGGAGAAGAAGAAAAGGAACAAGGGAGGGGGGAUGGUGCAGAAUUGUCGUCGCCGUCGCCAUUGUUGCUGCUGUUGCCGCCGCCGCCGACGCUGCUGAUGCUGCCGAUGCCCCAAGAGACACUGUUGCUGGAUUCCGCUGCCGCUACCGCCGCCGCCACGCCCUCGGUCGAUUCAAUCGCCCCCGGCGACGCAUACAACGGACGCGAAAAGACGCAAAGAGCAUCGCAAUCGCCGCCACACGAGGGCUACCCAUUCCAGCAAUUCCUGGAGCUCGGCACCGACAGCGGCGCCGCCGCCAGCAAUGGCGGUCACGGCGGCCCGAAGAGGCAAGAGAUGCACAGGGGCUCCGGCGACAGCGCCGACGCAGUUGUUACCGCCGGCGCGAGCAGUGGAGCUUUGUCGGCAUCGGUCAUGGGCCCGGCGCGCGGUGGUGGGGCGCCGUUACCGCCUCCGCCUCCGCCGCCGCCGCCUCCGCCUCCGCCAGGGGCGGUGUCGGCGGAAGGGGGGAAAGUCAACGACGGCACCGAAGCGGCCCCCGAUGACCGACAACGACAAGAUAAUGGAAGGAGGAACAACAACAACAACAAAAACAAACACAACGACGGACUCAAUGACGGUGACGGGAGUGAUGGCGGUGGUGGUGGCGGCGGAGGUAGCAGCGGUCUGAAUCGGCUGUGGAAGGAUGAGAUGUGA